AUGACAGGUAAGAAGCAUAGACAGAAGAAGCAUAAUAAGAACAACAUGAAGAAGUCCAGAAGAGAAGAUGAUCAUGUAGAAGAGCCUUCAACCAGAAAUGAUAAUGAUGAUCUAGCACAAAGAAAUGAGUCUGAUCAUCAUUCUCGACAAGAGAAUGAGACUAAACAUUUGUCUGCGACAUCUGAGAGGCUCAAGCUGACAAAGAGGCUCGGGUUGAAACGAAGGAAGCUGAGGCAGAGGUUCAAACAGAGGUUCAAGCUGAAAAAAAUGGUGGAGGAUGAGGUGGAAGAACCCAAGAAAGAGGCUGCAAAAUACACAGAGGAAGAAAAGCAAGAGUGGUACAUGGUUGUCUACGAAACGAAGGAAGCUGACGAGGGAGCCGCCAAGCCUGCUGGAACUGAGGGAGCUCCUGCUGUGGAUAAGACAGAUGGAACUGAAGGAGCUUCUGCUCGUACUGGGAUCAAGCAUAGGCCAAAGCAAAUGGCGGUGAGGAAGCAUGCUCCUAAGUAG